CCGCCGCCAUUUCGCAGUCUUGGAACACUACUUUUCCCACAAUGCAAUCCACCCGGAAGCAGCUUGGAAAAUCACGUGAUGUUGCUGAAACUCGUGAAACAGACUCUCAGACCUCAUUGUCCUGCAGCUCCAACACAUCUGGUGACCCUAAAUGUACUGGUUAAACGUGGAACAAAAAGUUCAGGAGUAAUGUGUAGUGCAUCUGUGGAAGUUCAGUCAGACUGAUGAAGGAACGCUUUACACUAAAUGUUCAAAGUGUCUCUUGGAGGUUUUCACAAUGUACCAAAUUGUACCAACGACAGUCGGGGAUAUUGGCGUCAGCGGCAUGCGGGAUUACACGCAACCGAAGAAAAGAGCGGACCGGCGAGGACGUCGUCUGGUCGCGUCAAGCCUGUUCGGGGCAGUGCUAGUCAUUGCAGCCGUGGCAGCUUGGUGUUAUUAUUCUGUGUCUCUCCGCAAGGCAGAUGUGCUAGAAAUCGAACUGCUGGAGCUCAAGAAAGACGGCUUCGUCAUUCGCAACCAAGCCAAGGCGAUCAUCUUCCGAAUGGCAUUCAGGUCUGGUUCCCUUGAUCUGGACUCCUGCUCAAAAGAAGGCCGAAUUCUGAGCUGCAGUCGAUCCAGUGUUGGAAAGCUCAAUUUCUUCAUCGAAACUGUGAGAUCCAAGGACACAGUGAUGUGCUACCGUGUGCGCUGGGAGGAGCUUGACGUGUACCGUGCGGUAGAACAUGCAAUGGCCCAUAACGGCUCUCACUGGUAUGGUGGUGCAGAGUCCUGGUCCCAGCAUUGGCCAAUUGUUUUUUCAGGAACCCAGGAACCCAAACCUUUCAUUACCAGCGAUGUCAAUUCGAAUCAGCAUGACUUUGGGGGAAUCCUGGAGCGCUAUUGGCUCUCCUCCAACGCGACCGCUAUCAAAAUUAACGACUCCGUCCCUUUCCACCUUGGCUGGGAUGAGAACAGCAGGAUGCUGCGAUUCCAGGCACGCUAUGACAACAGUCCGUAUAAACCCGACCCUGCACAGACGGUUAAUGCUGAGCUGAGCUAUCGUGUCUGUGUUGGCUACGAUGUUACUUCCAUACAUAAGUAUAUGGUUCGCCGUUAUUUUAACAAACCCAACAAGGUUCCUUCAGAGGCUGUUUUUAGAUGGCCAAUCUGGUCCACAUGGGCCUUGCACAAGACUGAAGUAAACCAGGAGAAGCUUCUCGCCUAUGCGUCUGAGAUUCUAGCACAUGGCUUCAACUGUAGCCAUCUGGAGCUGGACGACCGGUACACGAGAGGCUACGGAGAGUUCGAGUUUGAUCCAGUCAAGUUCCCCAAUGCAUCUUAUAUGUUUCAGAAACUCAGAAAAGAUAAGUUUGAAGUCACGCUCUGGACCCAUCCCUUUGUGAACUACAACUCCAGUAACUUUGGAGUUGGAGUGGAGAGGGGGCUUUUUGUGCGAGAACCUACCGGUGAGUUACCUGCCUUGGUCCGCUGGUGGAAUGGUAUUGGUGGCAUUUUGGAUUUCACCAAUCCUGAGACCCGCGAGUGGUAUGCCUCACACCUCCGUGCAUUGAAGAACAAAUACGCGAUAGCCUCCUUUAAGUUUGAUGCUGGCGAAACCAGCUACCUUCCCCAGCAAUUCAGAACAUUCAUGCCCCUGCAUGAUCCAAGCAUAUUCACCCGCCGCUACAGUGAGAUGGCAAUCCCCUUUAAGGACCGUGCUGAACUGCGUUCUGGCUACCAAUCCCAAAACAUCUCCUGCUUCUUCCGGAUCACGGACCGCGACUCGGUCUGGGGCUACGACCUAGGGCUCAAAUCCAUCAUCCCUACUGUUCUAACUGUUAGCAUUCUGGGUUACCAGUUCGUUCUCCCAGACAUGAUCGGUGGAAACGCUUACCCGAACCGCACUGAAGGAAGCCAGGGUCUCCCUGACCGAGAGCUCUACAUCCGCUGGCUGGAAUUAUUAGCGUUCAUGCCAGCUAUGGAGUUCUCAAUCCCACCAUGGCUCUAUGAUGACGAGGUUGUAAAGAUCGCCAGGAAGUUCACAAAGCUUCACGAGACCCUGGUGGCUCCUCGAGUGCUUGAACUUGCUGGGGAAGUGUUAGACACUGGAGAUCCUAUCAUCCGACCUCUGUGGUGGAUCGCUAAAAAUGACGAGGCCGCCUACAAGAUCGAUUCGCAGUUUCUCAUAGGAGACGAUCUCAUGGUAGCACCAGUUCUUGAACCAGGCAAGCAGGAGAGAGACAUUUACCUCCCAGUAGGCAGAUGGACGAGCUACAAGGGUGAACAUUUUCACAAAGGGCCGAUGCAUCUUACCGACUACCCCGUGGACUUGGAUGAGAUUGCCUACUUUGUGUGGUCAGAAUGAUGCGAAAAUAAAAGGGAAGGUUUUGCACACAAGAAGACAAAAAUAGCUAUUGCAGUUUCAUGGAACGAGCAUUCACGCACGAUUCAUCUCUUCUCUCACAUCUGUGCCUUUUCAUCAAUACGUCACUUUAACCAGCAUAUGCACUAUUGUGUUUUAAUGUUUUCUAAUGUAAAACAAACUUGUGCAUUGUCUACCAUUCUGUAUCUUUCACUGUUCAAAAAAAAAAACAAUUUAUAAUUAGAGAAGAUGGGAAGAUGAAAGAAACCAUUUCUGACUGUUCGUUUUGAGAUUUUGUCACGUCCCUAAUAGUCCUUAAAAUCUUUGAUACAUGUUAAAUAUGAGAAAGAAAUCAACAAAAUGGUGAAGGACAAAUGUGACAUUAAACAAUUUAAAUACAAAAAAAUACAAUUGUUAUAUCACAGGAAAAGUGAAUGUUGUAGUGAAACACUGGGAGAUUUUACAUGUAUAUUAUGAUGGCACAUUUUUGCCUGAUGAUGCAUUAGAGAGAAAGCACAAAAGAAAAAAAAACAUUCAGAUUACCUCAGAUUAUAGGACACAGAAGUGUCCUUUUAGUCUUCUUGACACUGCUCAAAAACCAAGUAUUCUGAAACUAAUAUAUACACACUUUGAACACAUAGCAUUACAGUGUCUUUACAACAAGUAUUUUUUCUUUUCCUGCUGGUUAUUAAUUUUUGGAUUUGCAUUUGUACCUUGUGGCUUGGUUUCAUUUUUUGUUUGUUUGUUUUUGGCUUGCAGUUGCUACAACAAGCUGAACUCCAGGGAAUUGUGAUUUAUUUAGUUUUAAUAAAUCUAAAGAGGCUUAUAAGUGUGACAUUUUGGGGAAAAAACGAUUUGAUUUUUGUUUUGUGUCUUUGUAUUCUACUGAUACUGUGAAUUUUCUGUAUAUUUAAACAGCAAGAAAUAAUCUAAUCAUCAGGUCUAAUGAAAAGUAACUCCAACAUUCAUUGUUGGAUUUAUAAUGGAAAGUUGUCACAUUUUAUUUAUUGUUCACUGGUGGCAAAUAAAUCGAUUUUAUCAACA